UCCCCAGUCUGCUAGAUCGCAUACGCGUACCGGCGGGGAUUUACGGGCAUACAAAGCCCGCGCUUUUCAAAUAAUACAGCGCUCGAAAAAAAUUGAAUCCGACAAAGACGAAUUAGGAUCGAAAGAAUAGGUACCUGUUACCUUUAAACAAUCGAAUUGUGCUGUAUGUGAGCGUAUAGUGACUACUACUGUAGAGACGUAUGAAGUAGAUAUACGCAAGUUUAUAUUGCAAGGACUUAUAUUUUUUGUUAAAAUUUGAAUUUUUGUCGUGACACUCUGGGCCAUAUUAAGCUGCAUAUUGACGUUCGGCGCGCAGAACGUUUGCCCGAAGGGCGCCAUGAAGGAGAAGAGCAAGAACGCGGCGCGGAGCCGGCGCGAGAAGGAGAACGCGGAAUUCAUCGAGCUGGGCAAGCUGCUGCCGCUGCCCGCCGCCAUCACCACCCAGCUGGACAAGGCGUCCGUCAUCAGGCUGACCACGUCCUACCUCAAGAUGAGACAGGUUUUUCCCGACGGACUAGGUGACGCCUGGGGAGCAACUCCAGUCAUGCCAAACCCUAGGGAAACACUCUUAAAGGAGCUGGGUUCCUGUUUGCUCCAAACAUUGGACGGCUUUAUUUUCGUGGUAGCUCAAGAUGGAAAAAUUAUGUAUAUUUCAGAGACAGCCUCUGUACAUUUGGGGUUAUCACAGGUAGAAUUGACCGGAAACAGCAUCUACGAGUAUAUCCAUCCGGCGGACCACGAGGAAAUGAGCAACGUCCUAGCUCCAGCCUUACCUUUCCAAGGUACCAGUCUAACCGACUACGAGAUCGACAGGGCCUUCUUCCUGAGGAUGAAAUGCGUGUUGGCAAAACGAAACGCCGGCCUAACGAAUGGUGGAUAUAAGGUCAUUCACUGUUCUGGCUAUUUAAAAAUCAGGCAGGUGCCGCUGGGUAAUGGUGGUCCGUUCGAGCCAGGCUGUUUCCAAAACAUGGGUUUAGUUGCGGUGGGCCAUUCUUUACCUCCCAGUGCGAUCACCGAGAUCAAGCUUCACGGAAACAUGUUCAUGUUCAGAGCCAGUCUGGAUUUAAAACUAAUUUUUCUAGAUGCCCGAGUGGCCCAACUAACCGGCUACGAACCUCAAGACCUAAUAGAAAAAACUUUAUAUCAUUACAUUCACGGAAGCGACAUUUUUGCUAUGCGAUACUCACACCACCAACUAUUAUGUAAAGGCCAAGUUACCAGCAAAUACUACCGAUUUCUUUGUAAAGGAGGUGGGUGGGUAUGGAUGCAGAGUUACGCCACAAUAGUUCAUAAUUCACGAUCUUCAAGACCACACUGUAUAGUUUCAGUGAACUACGUAUUGAGUGAGAACGAAGCCAAAGAUCUUAUAAUCAAUACGACCCAAUCAGCGCCGAAGGAAGAAGUACCAGGGUCGCCCCUAGAAGGACAUUCUCCUCUCACAACUCCCACGCGCUCUAUUAAUUCUCUCAAGUACAACCCCCACGCGUCACCGCAGACAGGUAGUGGUGGAGGCAGUACUCGACUUACUGGAAGUACCGCCAUUAUAGAGUCCGAUCGGUACAGUGAUUCGAAUGGCGCCAAUUCGGGUCAUUUUGAAUACAAUCAUGGAGGCAACGUACUCUUCGUUCAAGCCCCAUCCGACGACUCGUCACCCUACUACAACCACCCCGACCUAUACUACUCUUACAACGACCCAGAGGCCUCUUAUUCCGCCCUCACUGGAUCCGUAUCCUCCCAGAAUCGACCCUUCAGCGCCUCAUCGUCCAGCUGUAGCUCCACCGAAAGCGUUCCAACGGAAAAAGCUCAUCACUACCAGCUGGGAAAUGGUCUCAGUCAGCUGGGUGUCUCUGCGGGGACCAAUCCGCCAGCGGCCAACGGUGAGUUUCCUUUGGGAAAUACCUGUUUCGCGACCAAUAGUCCCUCUCACCAUCAGGCUGCGACCUGGGCGACGCCCAACGUUGGACACCAUCACGAUUUCAAACACGAGUUUGGACAUCAUCCGGUACACAACGCCGGGUAUACUAGUGUUAUAGUGGAUACGCAGCAAUACCAGCUCACUAAUGAGUACGUGCACUAAAGCAAAAAUGGAAAUAUAAUCUGAAAAAAGCAUAGUAGUGAUAACCAGAACCAGUGAAGCGAAUAUGAAAAAAAAUAAAUCAAACAGAAGGUAUCAUAGAAUAUGAGAACAGCAAUGGUUUUAUGUACCUAACGUGUUGUGAUAAAUUCGAUCUCUAACUAAGAUCUUACUUACUUGCCAUUGUAUUUACGGAUCUGAAAAACUUAUUAGGCCGAAUCAACAUGGGCAGUUAACACGCGGCUAUUUCGCGUCUUACUACUCUUACAACGACUCAGAUGCCUCUUAUUCUGCCCUAGCGUAAUCAGUAUCCUCCCAGAAUCGACCAUUCAGCGCCUCAUCGUCCAGUAACUCGACUGAAAGCGUACCAACGAAAAAAACUCACUACUACAGAUUGGGAAGCUGUCUCUGUCUCUCAAUCAGCUGGGUGUACUAAUCCGCCUGCAGCCACGGUGUGUUUCCUUUGAGGAAUACCUGUUUCGUAAUCAACAGCCCCUCUUACCAUCAAGGUGCGACCUGGGCAACGCCCAACGUUGGGCGCCAAAACGAUUUCAAACAAGAGGUUAUGGACAUCAUCCGGUGAACAACGCCGGAUAUGCAGCAAUAUCAGUUGACUAAUUAAUACGUGCACUAAAGCAAAAAUUAAAGUAUGAUCUGAAUAAAACAUAGUAGUGAUACCAACAACAGAACCAAGUGGAGUGAAUAAUGAAGAAAAUUAAAAAAAUCAAACAAAAUAUCAUGGAAUAUGAGAAGAGCAAAAUUUUUGGUUUUAUAUACCUAGUGUGAUAAAUUUUACUUGCCAUUGUUAUUUUUAAGAUGCUGAAAAGCAUAUAGGCAGGCCGACUCAGCACGAGCAGUUUGACGCGACUAUUUCGUAUCCAACAAAUGCAUCAAAUUUCUCAAAACUACACCUGACUGUCAAAACUCAACAGUUAAACAACGACCAAUAAGCUGGAUUUAGUUAAAAUAUGGUCAAAUUUAAAAAAAAUAGACAAUUAUAAUUUGAAAAUAUGUUAAAUAUGUUUGAAUCGCCCUGUAUAUUGACAACAUAUUUUUAUAAGGUGUGAUAACAUUGUUCGCAUAUUUUAUAAAACAUAUUGGUGUAAAAAUCUUACAUCGGAAACUUGAUAUUGUUAACGUAGAUUUAUUUAUCCAAAAUAAAUAUCCCACUUCUGAAUGUUUUAAGGGCCUCAGGUUUAGUGGAAUUAAAAUAAUACUGUCCAAAGUAAACAUCAGAAAAUAAUCUAUUUCCUGUCAAAACUGUUAUGCGUAACCAAGGUUACACAUAAUAAAAGAACAAGAUAAAUAAAUCUACGUUAAUAAUAUAGAGCUUUUUGGAAACGUUGUGUCACCCCGAAUAAGAAGCAAAGUCUGGAAAGCAUUCGCUAUAAGUACUUGGGUAGUACCAAAAAUUCGAGGGGUUUAACCGAUGUUUUUAGUUUCUGAAUUAUGUCGAAAAUUAUUCAGUAUUCUAAUACUGAAUAAUUAGAACUAGAAUACUAGAAUACUAGUAGAUAGUAAUACUAUCUAUAGUACUAAAUGAAUUUCGAAUUUUCACAGCCUUUAUAAUAUAUUAUUAUUAUUUAUAUAUUGACCUAUACACAAUUAUAUCCAAAUUUGGAUGUUUUGAUCUGACAGAUAUGAACACUAAAAGAUAAGGACAAAUAAAAGUUCAAAAUAGUACGAGAAUAUAAAGAAUGAGUAUUGAUUAGUAUCAAACAUUUCAACAAAUAAAAAAAAUAUCUGUCUUUAGAUAUUUCCUUUAAAGAUAAACAUCACUAUGCAUAUGCAAUAAUGCAAUAAUAAAAUUAUUUACUUAAUUUUAAAACAUUAAUAUACUUAAUUUAAAUUUGUUUAGUGAAAGAAAUCAAUUGCGGUUACAGUUUAAAUUAUAUUAAAUGCACAAUUAUUUAUGUUUUUUAUAAUGUUUUUAAAGCCAUUGGGGAACAACGAAGAAAUAAAAAUGUAUUUGUUUAAUCGGUCCUCACACCAUCAAUAAUAUUGACAGUAUUGAAUAUUGUUAGUAUACCAUCAGUAUUUCUAAAUAGACGUUAUACGAUCAGUAUUUAAACAGUAUUGUGACUUUUGAGGGGUUAAGCUUGAUUUUCAUGCAUCCGUUGUCCGACGAUACGAUGA